UUAGGAUUUUGGAUCGGUGAACAGGGAGAAAGAAAGGGUGUGAGGAGGUGAGGAAGGAAGUGUGAGGAGGGAGGAGGCAAAAGGACAGACAGACAGGGAGGGCAGAAAGCCAGGGGGCAUAGGAACAGAGGGACACAAGAAAAGCCUACAAGCAGGGCUAUUUAGAUAUAAUCCAAAAAGGAACACAUGCUUACCAAAUUCUAAAGCGAUAUAUAUAUAUAGACAGGGGCCAUAGGUUUAUGUAAAGUUUCAGUAUAAAAACUGAUAUAUAAUUGUGUAUGUUACAAAUUUUAAAGUAACUGUAUUCAAGAAAACACAUAUCUUUAGAUAUAGUAAAGAAUUAAACAUACAAAGUUAAAGAGAGAUAUAAACUGGAAAGUGUGUGGGUGUACAUAUAGAGCUACAGGAGGCAACGUAGAAUUUGUUAAUCUCAGAGAAGCAACUACUUGUCUGAAGACUCAAGAAGAACAUCUACAAACUCAUUGCUUGGACUCUUAAACACAUCUUACUCAUACCCUUGGAUUCCAGCCACUUACUCUUGGAUACACCUGGAUUAGGACCAUGUCCACAACCGUGUCCCCCACGUCGAUGGACAGAGAAGGGGCACACACAAGCCGGGUCAUAAAGAACCCACUGACUGGACUGCGCUGGAGAAGGUUGGAGGAGCCACUGGGAUUCAUUAAAUUACUGGAAUGGCUUUUUGCAAUCUUUGCCUUUGGAAGCUGUGGCUCAUUCAGUGGAGAAACAGCAGCUACUGUUACUUGUAAGGAAACAGAAACCGAAACAAAUCUCAUCUCUGUGCCUUUUGGAUAUCCAUUCAGACUGUAUCGUCAACGCUUUGAGAUGCCAGGAUGUGCAGAUAUAGAAAAACGGAUUAUGCACCUGAAUGGCGAUUUUUCUGCUCCAGCAGAGUUCUUUGUUACUAUCGGAGUUUUCGCUUUCCUGUAUUCAAUGUUCGCUCUGGUUAUCUAUCUGCGCUUCAAUGAACAAUACACACAGAUCCGAAGAGUGCCCAUUGUGGACCUUUGUGUGACAGGUGUCUUUACCUUCUUGUGGUUGGUAGCAGCUUCAGCGUGGGGAAAGGGUCUAAUGGAUGUGAAGCUGGCCACUCAUCCCAUAAGUCUUCUAUCUCCGAUGCCAGUGUGCCAACUGGAGAAAGCCACAUGCAGUACUGGUACUGCACCUUACUUUGGGCUCGCCAACAUAUCUGUGCUCUUUGGAUUUUUGAAUUUCUUCAUCUGGGCUGCCAAUCUGUGGUUUGUGUUCAAAGAGACAGCAUGGAACAAGCCAUCCCCAAACAAGGAGGAAUCAGCAGAGCGUGGCGAAGCUGAAGACCGCCAGUGACAUCUGACCUUCAGUGGCCACCUACCCUUUCUGUAAGAAAUCUUCAUCUACAAUCAACACUCCACCUGGAGGACUAAGCAAAUUCUCUUGAUAUUUUCCCAUCUUCCACAUUCUUCUUUGAACCUGACAUGUGUCCCGACUCUUGCCCAUAGCAAUUUGCUAUUUCCCAUCCCCACCAUGAUAUUUUCAGCACCUCACUCAUUACUUUCUUGAUCAAUAAUACCUCCUGCCAAAUGCCAUCCCACCUAAUCUGCCUCAACCUCCACUGUCUCUGGUGCUAUUUAUUAAAUAAAAUAUUCUCCAGUUUG